GUAUUUCGGUGAAUACCACUUCACUUAAUACUCUCAAACUCUGUCUAACUUUCGUUUCCUGUUGGUUUUUUUGCUACUUCCCAUCAUGACAGCAGUCAAAGAUUACGUAUUGUUGGGGGGUGGGUGCAGAAUGCCAAUCAUUGGGCUGGGAACAUGGGAUUUGGUCGGCGAAGAACUUGAGGCGGUGUUGAACACAGCCUUGACCAUCGGCUACAGGCACAUUGACACUGCCUUCAUGCAUUGCAACGAACAAUCCAUUGGUCGAGUGAUUCGCGAUUGGCUGGAGAGUAAACGAGUCAAGCGGAAGGAAUUAUUUAUUACGAGCAAACUGCCACCAACGGGAAUGCACCCAGAGAAAGUUAAGCAUUUUUGUCAACUUUCUCUCCAAAACUUGGGACUCUCGUAUCUUGAUAUGUAUCUCAUUCAGCUUCCCGUCGGAAUAAAAUAUAGCAAUGAUGACGAACUAUUCACCACAAGCCCCGAUGGAACGAUCGCCACUGAUUGUGGAACGGAUAUUGCAAGAGUAUGGAAGGAAAUGGAAAAGUUAGUGGAAGAAGGUUUAAUAAAAAAUAUCGGGAUUUCAAACUUCAACGAAGAACAAUUGGAACACUUGUUGCACGUAGCGGUGAUAAAGCCAGCCAAUUUGCAAAUUGAAGUACAUGCUUAUUUUCAACAAAGAGAUAUCCGCAGGUUUUGCAAAGAAAAUGGCAUCACGACUACUGCAUUUUGUCCGUUGGGUUCACCAAAUCGAGACAAAAUAUUGUUUAGCAAAGGAAACUGUAAAGUUGGAAACCUUCUAACUGAUCCUAUGGUUGUCUGCUUGGCAGAAAAAUGUGAAAAAAGUUCAGCACAAAUUCUUUUGCGACAUGCAAUUCAAAAAGGUAUCACGGUCAUUCCAAAAGCAUCUUCAAAAGAACGGCUUCAAGAAAAUUUGGACAUUUUCAACUUUUAUCUGAUCCCAAGCGAAAUGAAGCAACUCGAUAGUUUGGACAAAGGGCAGUUUGAAAGGACGUUUGACUAUUCCUUUUUAGGAGAAAGUUUUCGCACACAUCAUGAAUUCCCAUUUUCGCCCAAAAUUGAUGAAUCAUUGAAUCCCCAUCAUUAGUUUUUACUCAUCACAUUGACACACAAUUGAGAAAUAGUUUUCCCAGAGGUUGUACACCUAAAAAAUUAUUAAAAUCAUAACAUAUCGACAAAGCAAAAGACACUUUACAACUUACUUGGCUAGGAUGGAAAGUAGAGGAAAAUCCGAUGUUGGUGGGUUGAGAAAACCUCUCUUGAUUAUUAAGUCUUACUGGGCAUCCGAGAUCACCAUUCGACCACUUACAAAAUUUUUGUAAAUAAAUUGACCCAUCAUUUAAAAAAAUGGAAAAUUAUUUAUUAACAUAAAUUUAAAAUAAAUAUGUCACGAAAUAAAUAUGUUAGUAUAUAUACGCAUGCAUUAUAUAUGAUUAUCCUCAUUUGCAAAAUGAAUAAUUAUAAUU